AUGACCAACCUAUUCUUCCGUUAUACCCCAACCUCUUUAACUGAUUGGACUCCCGACCACAUCCGCACUAUCUUCACCACGCUCCUCAUUGCCGAACUGUUUCAUGUUCUCGCACACAUUAAGGUGCUCUUGAGUCUUGACUGGAUAGGUGGUAGAUACACUGCACUAGAACUCUGGUCGCGUUGGUACUACUUUGUCAUGGAUUUGAUGUCGGUCGUUGUAUCUUUUGUGGCAGUUCAUCUUUACCUUAAAAAUCAUUGUUACGAUGAUGCAAAAAUCAAAAUGUUUUAUGAUGCGACUACGGUAUUUGUGAUGGGUCAUUUUUUACUUCAUUUAUUUUAUAUUAGUGGGUGGUUUAAAGGAAGACGAGAGUGGCUGAAAGAGAAUCAACUGAAGGCUGAGAAAGAAAAGGGUAAUACGAAGUCGGUCUUUCUUGGUGCCCCGUAUGUCGAGAAGGUAUUGAUUUGGUCAGCGGCUGACAGCUGGGAGGCCAAAAAAGCUUGCGAAUAUCAUUGGCGCCAAACCAUCGGAACUUCCUAUGAUAUUUUUGUUCACUUGGUAAUGAUCGCUUGGCAUGGUUGGGUUUUAUUAUAUCUCUAA